UCCAUCUUGAUUCCGGUCCGGCCCUUUUCUUCUUCCCCCCGGAACCUUCUCUGCUUUGUGGCCCACGUGUAGGAUUAAUUAGGUUUUUAUUAUAAGAAAUCAGUUAAAGAUUGAACCAAAUGGCGUCAUCCUUUGAGCAAAUGAGGGCGAACGUUGGGAGACUCUUGCGAGGAAUUGAUAGGUACAACCCAGAAAACCUUGUGACGCUGGAGCGCUAUGUCGAGACGCAAGCCAGAGAGAAUGCCUAUGACCUGGAAGCAAAUCUGGCUGUGCUGAAGCUGUACCAGUUUAAUCCAGCCUACUUCCAGACUCAUGUAACUUCACAGAUUCUGCUGAAGGCUCUGACCAACCUGCCACACACUGACUUCACUCUAUGCAAGUGCAUGAUUGACCAGACACACCAGCAAGAGGAACGACCCAUCAGACAGAUCCUCUACCUUGGGAACCUGCUGGAGACUUGUCACUUCCAGAGCUUCUGGACGAGUCUUGAGGAGAACAGAGAGCUCAUUGACGGCAUUACUGGUUUUGAGGACUCCGUUCGCAAGUUCAUCUGCCAUGUAGUGGGCAUCACCUACCAGACCAUUGAGCAUCGGUUACUGGCUGAGAUGCUGGGAGACCCACUGGACACACAGGUGAAGGUUUGGAUGAAUAAGUACGGCUGGACAGAGAAUGAGGACGGACAGAUCUUCAUCUACAACCAGGAGGAGAGCAUCAAGCCCAAGAACAUUGUGGAGAAGAUCGACUUUGAGAGUGAGUGCUGUCGCUCCAGCUUGUUCACAAACUGAGUGAAAACUGAGCCUUUUUCAGUUCUGCAUAGUUAAUGUCAACCCUCCUCUGAUUCCACAACGCCGUAAUGAUUUGUGAAAGAACUCACUGGUUCAAGGUUAGGCCGGAUUGUUUGGGUCCUUGGUGAACAGGUGAAGGCAGUGUGGCGAGGGGCUUCAUGACCUGGCCUGGGAUGCUGUUGUUUGCAUCAAACUGAGCAUGGAAGGCGUUAAGUUAGUACAGAAGCAAUGCAGUGGAUAGUUUUGCCUUCCUGUUUUUAUCCCUAUAGUCUGGAUACAGCCUCAUGUUAGAAAAUAGAAUAGAAUAGAAAAUACUUUAUUAAUCCCUUUGGAGAGUCCUCAGGGAAAUUUGGAUAUUAUUUAUCUGAUUUAAACAAGCACACAGAGUGCAUGUGUUGGAAAUGAUGUGUUUGGGUUGGUGUCUGUGAAAUUAAGUUAUCAGCUGGUUCCUUAUUAGGAUGGCCUCUCCAGGUGUCACAAAUGCUCCAACCUACCAAUAAAAACAGUGUGCUUUAGUCUAUGUUUACAAGCUAUGUACUUAUUGAUGUGGCCAUUGACUGCUUCCUCAAACAUCUGCCAGUCCGUUGUUGUAAAGCAGUCCUGUAAGACCGCAACAACAGAGUUAAUAUAAAAUAAUAAUAAAGCCUUCAUCCCGUCCUGCCUGAAUUCUUGUUUCUGUCAUGCCAAAAGGUCGAGAAACCGUCAAGCUUGACGGCACAGUCAGGAAUGCAGGGCUGCAGCCACGACUCCACAUGUCACUCUGGAUUGCUUCCCUCUCUGUUUUCCAUUUUCUGCAGCUGUGUAGGAUGCAGGGGAGAAUGUCCAGAGUCAACAAAAGUCACCUUAGAGACCAAACUCACACACAUCGUUACUUCCAAGUGUGUGUGCCGGUCAUAUCAAAUGUUCAAAAGUCCAAAACGUGCAAAAAAGUCAUAAAAAUAAGUAAAAAUAAACAAAAAAAACAAGUGAAUUAACAUAGGUGUGUCGUCAGUCAGGUCACCUUGUGGUGCAACAAGAAGUGGUCUCUACGUAUUCCAGCGUGUGGCAACUAGUGAUGAGAGGAAAAAAUGCAAGAAAAUCAUAUGCAAAGAAAAAAAAAAGGCUGACUGCUUAUUAGAGACCUCUUGCUCUCAAACAAAGCCAUCAUUUAACGCUUCCCCUCCGUUGUUGUCAGUGGCACUAACGUGCUUUCCUGCAACCAGCUGCGAAUGAUGAACCUGUAACGUCAGCUUUAAAAUAGUCCAUUAGUGGCAUUUAUGGCAAGUCUUACGGGAGCUGGUGCAAAAGAUGAAAAGAACCGUUUACCUGUUUCUGCACAUUAUGCUUUUGAAAAUUGUUAUACACCACAAGCUGAAAAAAAGUUUUGUCACGGCAUGAGUCGGAUACAUUUAUAAAGUGGCUGUGCAAGCUUUACAUGUGACUACAUAUGACCUCGGACAUACCGUAGACAUCGCACCUGUGGGGGAUGUGGGUGUUUUGCUACCUGUGGAUUUGACACCCUCACUUAAUUAGUUGUUUUUUCUUUUUAAACCUUUUGCGCAAAUGUUGCUUCUCCAGUCUUUUUGCAUCUCUGCACCACUGCCUCCUCUCCUCCCUCUCCUGUUGCUUCUUGAAUCAGGACUGUCGGUGAUCAGCUGAUCGGCUUUCCCGCCCCGGCGCCGUCCCUCUUGUUUGUUUAUCGUUCAGCUCGUGCUGAGGAGGAGGAAACUAGCAGGACGUUGAUGCAAAGUGGGAGCCUGUUUUAAUUCGACAGCCUUUUGUUUAUAUUAUUUUCAUAAUCAGCUGAGGUUUGCUGGUGACACAGCUGUACAUUUUAAGAGUGUAAAUUUUAGCUUGUAAGCAAUUUAGGAAACAAAGCCGUGUCCCAUGAGGAACACCUU